AUGAACUCAACAGCUGUUCCUCACUAUUCCCCUGGAGAGACUGUUGGCGCGCUUCUAGUGGGUGGGAUCGUUUCCACGGCCUUCUACGGCGUCCUGUUCAUGCAGACGUGCAUCUACUUCAGAAGAUAUCCGGAAGACAGCACUUAUCUGAAGGGCAUAGUACGUCGUCCGCAGAGACAGAUCUUGCAGACCGUAAACGUCGCAUUGAUCAGUCACGCAUUAUGGCACUACCUUGUUGUAAAUUAUGGCAAUUUCCCUUCCAUGGAGAAGUUGGAGUGUCAUGUUUCCAACCCUUACGAAUGCUACCUCCGCAACGCUCAUACAUCUGUUCUUCAUUCGCCAAGUAUUUAUAUUGAGCGGGAGGAAGUGGUUUCUCGCGUCGUUCAUCUUCCUGCUUUCCAUUACCCAAUGCGGUACGCUUUCUCUUCUCCGCAUAUGCGCUUCAUUAGCUCACAUAUACCCAUCAAAGCUUUGGGGUGGGCCCUUGCGCUCCUCGGGCUCAUCCCACAGAUAGCCCAAGAAUCUUCUGCCGUCAGGGCCAUCGUCCCCUCGUCCUUCGCCAUCACGGCGGGCACGGAUAUCAUAAUCACGGCGUCGCUGGUGUACUACUUGCAGUUCAGGAAGACAAAGAAUGAGCGGACCGACAGCGUCGUGAACAAGCUCAUCAUGAUGUCCGUCAACAAUGGCCUACUCAGCAGCACCAUCGCCUUCGGCGCUUUCAUCUGCGUCGUAGUCUGGGACGCGGGCUUCGUGACGAUUGCACUUUGCUCGUUGUUGGGGAAAGCCUACGGCAACUCUCUCCUCGGCAGCCUCAACAGCAGGCAGGCGCGCCGCGAGGAGUUAUCGGAGCAACUGCGCGGAAGCGGGUCGCGGGGGUCGCGGAGACAGGCGUCGAGGAAGGGUGGGAUGUCGUGGAUGGCGCAGAGUCGCACCAACACCCAGGAAUCGGAUACGCUCGAGCUGACCGGAAUGGACCCGGUACAUGUACAGCGUCCAUCGAGCCCAGGCGUCUUCGUGACGAAGGAGGUCGUGAAGUCGUGGGAGGAGCAAGGGAUGCCGUAUGAUGGGACGACGCCGGUGUACGGGAGAAUCGAGCCAGUGCGAUAUCAGAGGCCUCCUGUCGUGUCCCUGCAAGAGCGAAUGCAACCGGCAAGUGGUUGGGCGGCGUAG